GGGACGCCUAGGGAGCGGCGGCGGCAGGAGGCAUGGUGCUGCUGUCGGGGGCCGGGGAGCAGCUGGCCGGUGAGCGGGUCUGCCCCGCGCCGGGCGCCGGCAAGGAGCUGCCCGAGGCGGAGAGCGGUUCCGAACAGGGGGCGGAAGGGGCUGCCGCCGAGGGGCACGGCGAUGAGGAGCAGGAGGAGGAGGAGGAGGAGGACUGCGAGGAGUAUGAGGACUUCUCCGAGCUGCCCGACACCUGCAGCAUCGCCUCGGACGACUCCUUCUACCCGCCGGGGGGGCUGGAGGACGAGACGGAGGACAGCUGGUCCCUGGAGCAGGAGGACCGCGACAGCCCCGAGGCGCUGAGCCUCUUCCGAGCGUGCUGCACCAACAACGCCGUGGUGCUGCGGGCGCUCAUCCGGCAGGGCCCCGAGGAGGAGGAGGUGCGGGAGACCGACCGCAACCGCAGGAAUGGUCUCAUCGUCGCCUGUUACCAAGGGUAUGUGGAUAUUGUCAUAGCCUUAUCACAGUGCCCUCACCUCGAUGUGAACUGGCAGGACAAUGAAGGGAACACGGCCCUGAUCACAGCUGCGCAGGCAGGGCACAUAACCAUUACAAACUAUUUGUUGAACUAUUUCCCUGGGCUUGACAUUGAGAAGAGGAAUGUGUUUGGAUUUACAGCACUGAUGAAAUCUGCGAUGCAGGGACGAACGGAAUGCGUGAAAGCCUUGAUGAUGGCAGGGGCAAAUGUUCACACAACAGACCCAAGCCGUGGACUGACUUCAUGGGAAUGGGCUUGUUAUACAGGAAGGUCAGACUCUGCUUUCAUCAUGCAAAGGCUGAUGGAUAGACCAUGCCCAGAGCAGUUUUGUGAUCAAUAUAAACCGGAAUGGCCAAAGAUGAAGGAACUCCUUGCCAAGGCUGCAGAACCAAAAACCUGUUUGCAGAGGAUUUCUGAGUGUGUGAGGUCAGUUGUCUCGUUCCAGGCUUUCCAUGGCCCAGAAGAGGAUGGGGUCCUUGAUCACAUGGUGAAGAUGACGACAAGCUUAGGCAGUCCCUUCAUUGCUCUGUCAUGUAGGACUGUGUGUCCAGGAAGCCCGCCUUCUGUGGGAAAACGCAGACUGGCUGUGCAAGAAAUCCUUAGGAAGCAGAGAGCUGAGGAGAUCCGAUCUCAGGACAAAGACCACGUUAGCAGCUAUGAGAAAUUAUUUCAGAACUCCAAAAUCACAGUAAUCCCCAAAAAGAAGGACCGUCGAGCCAGUCUGCAGCCCGUCAGCCUCGCAGUGUCUCAAGUGAGCACCAUAGCCACCAGGAAAACAAGCCUCUUGCCGCUCCACCUGCUCAGAAGAAGCAGCGUGAGGCCGGGAUUUGUCAUCCCCAAAGUCCGUGUCAGCAAGGCUCCUCCACCCACCUUCCAACCGGAAAAGGCAAGAAGGAGGAGCAGCGCUAAAGAUGACCCCUACUUGCAGAUUCCUAAGUGGAGAUACAAGGAGCUAAAAGAGGAGCGUAAGAAGGCGGAGGAACAGGAGAAGAAAAGAGUAGCAGAGGCUCAAAGACAGAGGCAGGUGUCUCCUGCAAGAAGCAGAACCUGACUGACUGGCAGUUACUUGGAAGGUUUUAGAGCCAUUAGUCUUGUUAUCUGAGCAAGAUAACAGACUGCAUGCCAUCAUGCAUGCCUGCUGUUGAUGGAGCUGGAACACUGUAUAGCGGCCUUUAUGGUGCAGAAACAUGGCAAGGGCUAUACCACAGUGUGUCUGAUUAUGGAAGGUGAAGUUAUUUUUGGGUGGAAGACAAAAAUGUUUACCCGUCUGCUGUUGAUAGGAAGUUCAAGUGUUUUUUUUUCAUUUCCAGUUCCAGGUGAAUGACUGCAAAACUGCCUGAAAAGCAACAUGUGUGAAAGGAUCAUAUUUUGUGUUUGUUCAUUUUGUAAUGGGUACAGUUAAGGAGUUGUACUUUUGACACUAGAUAUUCUUUCCUCUCCUUGCAUUGGUAGGCAUAUUACGAGGUUUUAUCGAAAUAAUGAAACAUUUAAAAUACAUCACAGUCUCAGUGGGCAGUGAAAAUCUAAGUCUACUCUUUUUUUAAUGUAUGAAGCACUUUACGGUAUAUUAAUUCUAGUAAUCAAAGAUUAGUGCAAGGUAGAUAUUGAUCUGUACAGCUCUAUAUGGUCCGUGUGGAUACAUUUCUUAAUGUUUUUGUUCUGUUGAAUAUAAAGAGGGCUGCAUAUGAAAUAUUUCUGUAGCUGAGGUACUCACAUCAUCUGCAGAUAUAAAUCAGGGACAAUGACUGGUUUCUUUGGAGCAACAGAGAAGUUGAACUAACUUUUGUAUGACAGUCACCUCUAACAUUUGCCUCCCCAAUUAUGUUUCCCUGUAUCCACUACCUGUUAUCUCCUCUUUAGUCUCAGGGAUUUUUUUGUCUUGGCAUUUAACUGUGAAGUAAGGGAGAUGGCGAACCUCAGGUGGGUUUAGAUUUGUCUUUUUCCCUUGAUAUUUAAAUUACUGUUAAUAAAUAAAUAAAUAAGUAAAUAAGCACCAGUUUA